GGCGUCUCUCCGCCGACGAGCAGGGCGGUCAGGUCGGCCAGCGAGCUGAGGAGCAAGGCUUCAGGAGCUACGCGCAGCGCGAGGCGAGGGCGCGACCUCUCGAGUCGCCGAGGCCGCGGCCACGCGGCCCGCCAGCUGAAUCGUGGGGGGCGGCGCCGGCGCCGCGAGCGAGCGGGUGGAGGUCCUCGAGGGGAGGAGGGCGCGGCGGCGCAACUUGCAGACUGACCGACACGUCGGGCAUCCGGCACUCCGGCGCCCCAGCAGGCAGCGCCACACGCCAGCAGCAGUUGAUUCAGGGCAUUUGCCAUGGAAAGAUUCGAUGAGUACGACUGCGCAUCCGCUCAUUCUCACCAGCACCCCGACCGCGUCUCUGAUUCUCUCGAGGAUCCGAUAUCUGAUGAGGAUGUCCAACCAACAAGGCUCUCGCUGGCCUGUGCUACAACAAAAAAGAGAGAGGAUGAUAACAGAAUGGCGGGCCACAAUGAAUCAGCCAUCUGGGAUGAAGUUCAGGAAGAAGCUGAUGAGCUAGCCCAUGUGCAUAAAGAUCCUCAUGCUCAUAGUGUCUCACUCCUAUCUGCUGGAACAAGCAAAAGGAGCAAAUGUGAAAAUAAGCUCAAAUUUUCAAUACGUGGAUUCAAUUCUAUUCUGUCAGGCGUAAAGAGUGAAAACUCGUAUGCUGGGGAACAAGAAGUUUUGUCAGGAAUGCGACCAGCUAAAGCUAUAGAAACUAUGAUGGCUGAGCAGUUCGAAAAUAUCGAUGAAGAAACUGAAACUGAAGAAUUGCCCCCAGAUUUUGCCCAUCCAACCAAGAAUGCGAACAUUUCAGUUGCUGAACUUCUUGAAGAUCUACAGGAUAGAAGUGCCUCAUCUGUUAGAACACCAUUUUCGAUUCAUCAACAAACCGAAGCUAAGGAAGGGAAGCCAAAAGUUUCGACUUCAGGGAAGAAAAUACUAGCACUUCUAGGUCAGAGGGAUCUUGACAGUGAAGAGCACUCAGAGCAUGCUAUUGGUGAAACGUCUAGUGAGGAUGAAGCGGAAGAUACUGUUCGAAACAACUUGACUAUGGUGAACAAAGAUGUGAAGGGAAACCGAAAAACUAUGUCUGACCUAUUCCAAGAAGCUUUCACUGCAACAGAUAUGGAGGGUACUGCACUCCCCAUGAGAUCAACCGGAGCUGGUUAUUAUGGAAGGAUGCAACAGAUUAUGCAGAUGGAGAAAGAUAGGCAUGCUGAGUUCUCGAGGCAGUAUAACAGAGCGCGAGAUUAUUUAGGUGAUUCAAAGGGAGUUACUGUUCAAAUUUUGUCAAGGUCCUUGGAAGGAAAACUAACAGUCUGCCUCUGCCUGUUGAAAGAAAAGAGUAACCUUCCGUUGACAGAUUGCGACAUGGAUGACAGCAGUAGUAAGAGGACCAUUAUCUUCAGUCCCAAAAUAUGUGACAAUGUGGAUCUUGUAGAAGGAAACAUUAUUCACAUCCACCCACCAUGGAAAGAAGUGAAAGUAAAAGAAGAGGAGGUGAUGCUCUGCACCUACUUCUCGCAUCACCUGGCGUGAAUGGUACUCGUACUCGAGAUCCUUCUUUUCUGGAAAACAAAAGGAAGGCGAUGUUGCACCGCAUGGCAGGGGCCGGCUUAGGAUAUGUGUAGUCUGAGAACUCUAGACACUGGUGUAUGUACUGGGAAGAGUAUGUGUCGCUGUGUGUUGUACUUGGUGAAGAGAUUGAGCCAGUUUUGUAUGUGUCCCUGCUCGUGUUACUUGUCGCAGCUGCUGCUGCAAGCAUGUACUUCUCAUUGAAUCUGUAGAGUAGAUAGGCAAAGCCUCGUAGACAAUGUUGCAUGGGACCAUUGUCGGUGUUGCACCGCACACAAAUAAAGAAUGUUUCCGUCAUA